CCUCAACCCAGAUUUCUCCCUAAAGGAGCUUUUAAGAGAACAAUGAAGUUUUUCUGUGGUUUGAUAUGGACUCUACUGCAAGGGUGCUGGGCACUUGAGGGUCCUCGGUCAGUGACCGCUCCCCUUGGUGGCUCAGUCUCUGUGCUGUGCCAAUAUGGAGAGGGCAAUGAAGAAUACAUCAAAUUCUGGUGUAAAGAAGCAAGUUUUAGAUCCUGUUCUAGUAACCACGUUGUCUACACAACAGGAUCAGAAGCAGAAGUGAAGCAGAAUGGAAUCUCCAUCAAAGACAACCAUGCAUCUCGAAUAUUCAGGGUGACCAUGGACAACCUCAGACAGGGAGACAAGGGGACAUAUCUCUGUGGGGUGCAGAGAACUAGAUAUGACAUCUGGCACCCCGUAGAGGUGAUCAUUACCUCAGGUACACUUUCUCUCAGCUGCAUUUAUUGUUUAGAAAUGCAGUCCAGCAAUAUCCAGAUUCUGCUCCUGCUCUUGAAAAUUCCCAUUUUCCUAGCCUUGAUAGCUGCUGUGAUUUGGGUCCAUAUUUGUUACAAGGACGGCCGAAGUUGCAGAGCCAGGAGUCCAGAGAUGCAAGAAGAAAACUACUUAGGCUCAAUGAAGGGUAACUAUUUCAUUUGA